CACCAUCGAUGCAAAGGAGGGAGGGCUUGACAUGGCAACGUCGACGUCGUCGUUUGACAUGUGGCUGUAUGCCCGAUUGGAAGCACUGUCCGUGGACAGCGAGGUGUAUGGCGAAUAUGUGAAAGGAAUUGUCGCUGAUACCGAGACAGAGCUCGGAGAACGGUGUUCUUCUGCGGUCGACAUUCUACGCGCUGUCUUGGGCGACGAUGCUGCAUUGGACACCAUGGCUGGUGAGCUUCAAAAGAAAUGGUUGGAGCACGAGCGUGAACUUGUCGAGCUGAAGGCGCAAGAACUGGAAGAAGUCAAGGCUCGCCACUUGGCUGAAAAGAUGGAAGAACUGAAGUUGGUAGAGCUCAACAAGCAAGCCGAAGCCGAGAAAGCCCUUGCUCGUGCACACAUGUCCAAGGAGGAAUUGCAGCAACGCGAGAAGAUAUUGCGCGACUACGGGGCAAUUGGCGACUCGGAAUUCGACGAGGACGGAAACGUCAUCUUCAAGGGCUCUCAAAAGACGGAGGAGCUGUCUACCGUCAACACGAACCGCGGUCAAGGAAAGGUUAUGCAGCAAGAAAUGCGCGAGAAAAUGAAGAAGGAGCAUGAUGCCAAGGUCAAGCGUGAGAAGGAGCUCCUCGAGGCAGACCGUUUGCGCAAAGACAAAGCCCAGAAGCGAACGCAGAAGCGUGAGAAGCAGAGAGGGUGUGGCUAGACCAUUAGGAUGAAUGAACUACUCUGUCACUUGCUUCGCA